UCAUGCUUGAAAACUGAAAAUCACAUCAGCAAAACUGCAUGACAGAUUACUUCGCUCAGUUGACCCAUGUAGUUGAAAACCAUCAACUGACGGUCGUUUUAUUUCAAGUGUAAUACAGUGUCAGGUUCAUUUGAAACGUGCUACUCUCAAGCGGAAAUGGUCGUGAAAAGCAAAGUGCCGGACGUUUACAUUCCUGAAGAUCUUUCGUGGCCACAGUUUGUAUUUCAAAACUUUGAAAACUACGGAGACAAGACGGCCAUUGUCGACGGACCAUCAGGCCGUUCGUACACUUUCCAGCAGCUAAUCCAGUUGACCAGAAAAUGCGGGUCGGCCCUUACAAAGAAAGGCUUCAAGAAGGGCGACGUUUUCGCCAUCAUGCUCCCAAACAUGCCAGAGUUUCCGUUAAUUUACUACAGUACUCUUUUAAUAGGAGGGAUCGUAACGACACUAAAUCCAUUGUAUACAGUGGACGAAAUCUCACACCAGCUCCGUGAUGCGGGAGCUACUUCUAUCAUAACAAUUCCACUGUUUGCAGACAAAGCCAAGCAGGGCGCUUCGAAUGUUGGAAUUAAUACAGUGUACGUUGUUGGAGAGGCCGAAAAUUGUGAGUCACUUUCGUCUUUGCUCGAAGACGAAGGCGAAGAUUUUCCGGAAAAUGUCGAGAUCAACGCGAGGGAGGACGUUGCCUGCUUGCCAUAUUCGAGCGGGACUACAGGUCCUCCAAAAGGAGUAAUGCUUACUCAUUAUAAUCUGAUUGCAGAGGCUUCGAUAGUAACUCAUGAUAGUUUCAUGUUAAACAACGACGAGCCAGUCGUACUUGGCCUGUUACCUUUUUUCCACAUUUUUGGACAAAUUAUCUCGAUGUCUUGUGCCUUGUUUAAAGGUGGGAAGGUUGUGUGUGUGCCAAAGUUUGAACCAGAGUCCUUCCUCAAGGUCAUUCAAGACUAUAAGGUUUCCCAUGCAGCUGUUGUACCGUCAAUUGUGCUAUUCUUGGCUAAGAGUCCACUUGUCGAGCAAUAUGACUUGUCCAGUUUGAAGGAUUUGACAUCUGGGGCAGCACCUCUUGGAGGCGAAUUAAUGAAUGCGCUGAAGGAGCGUAUUCCAUCAAUGGAAUGGUGCCGGCAAGGUUUCGGCAUGACAGAGUUGAGUCCUACAUCUCACGUGACACCAUUUGAUAAGAUUAAAAAUGGAUCUGCGGGAAUGCUGCUACCAAAUCUUGAGUGCAAGGUUGUUGACAUUGAGAAUGGUGAUGAGCUGGGUCCCAAUAAGGAAGGCGAGAUUUGUGUCAAAGGACCCACUGUUAUGAAAGGGUACCUUAACAAUCCAGAAGCCACCGCGCAGACAAUUGAUGCAGAUGGCUGGUUGCACACGGGGGACAUCGGCUAUUACGAUGGUGAUGAACAUUUCUUUAUUGUCGAUAGACUCAAGGAACUUAUCAAAUUCAAAGGAUUUCAGGUUCCUCCAGCCGAGCUCGAGUCUCUCCUCAUCUCUAAUUCAGCCAUAGAGGAUGCUGCAGUAAUCGGGGUCCCAGAUGAAAGGGCAGGUGAACUUCCAAAAGCCUUCGUCGUAAAGAAGACCAACGAAAGGAUCACUGAAGAACAGAUAAUAAAAUUCAUUGAAGAGCGAGUGGCACCGCAUAAGACAUUAAAAGGCGGUGUGGAAUUCAUCGAUAAAAUACCAAGAAGUUUGAGCGGUAAAAUACUACGAAGAGAGCUUAAGGCGAGAGUUAUGACAAGACUAACUACAGCUACUGAAAAUAAAAACAACGAAGAAGAAAAAAACGUUAUCCGAAGUAAAAAUCCCGAUGUAGAGAUUCCAGACAAUCUGUCUUGGAAUGAAUAUAUUUUUCAAGACUUUGAUGAGUACGCGGACAGGGAAGCCAUCAGAGAUUCCAUAUCUGACCGCUCAUACUCAUAUCGCCAAAUAAAGGAUUUGAGCAGAACAAUUUCAUCUGCUCUAAACAAGCGAGGAUUUAAAAAAGGAGACGUGUUUGCCAUGUUUUUACCAAAUCUGCCCGAGUUUCCCAUAAUUUACUUCGGUGUGCUUAAGGCAGGGGGUGUGGUCACUGCAGCAAAUCCACUCUUCACAACCGAAGAACUUGCCAAACAAUUAAAACUGGCUGAUGCCAAAUGGAUACUUACCGUACCCCAGUUGGUUCAUCGAGCAAAAGAAGCCAUGCAGGAUCUGGGACGAGAGAAUGUGUUCGUCAUCGGUGACGUCGACGGAUGUGAGUCGCUUUCAGUCCUCCUCCAAGAUGACGGUUCUAGCGUUCCUGACGUCACAGUAAACCCUAAAGAAGACAUAGCGGUUCUUCCCUUUUCAAGCGGGACCACGGGUCAACCCAAGGGGGUUAUGCUCACUCACUACAAUCUCGUCUCAUGCGGAAGUAUCAUGCGAACAGAAGGCUUUCUAAGCUUCAGCGAUACAACCGUUCUUUUAGCAUUUCUUCCGUUUUUUCAUGUCUACGGAAUGGUGGCUAUAAUGUCAAUGGGUCUUCAUUGUGGAAGCACCAUCAUAACUAUGUCACGAUUUGAGCGGGAUAAGUUUUUACACGCACUAGAGAACUAUGAGGUGACCCAUCUUCCCGCGGUACCCCCUGUGGUUUUCUUGUUAGCUAAGCACCCCUCCGUUGAUAACUUUGACUUGUCAUAUCUGACUGAAGUCACAAAUGGAGCCGCUCCCUUGGGAAAACAAGUUUCAAAAGCUCUAAUGGACAGACUUCCGCUCCUCAGCAGCGUGCGACAAGGUUAUGGAAUGACCGAGCUAAGCCCGGUGUGUCACAUGACUCCUGCAGAAAACAACAAACACGGUUCUGUGGGGUGCAUACUGCCAAACUUACGGUGCAAGGUGGUUGACGUGGAGACUGGGGAGGCUCUAGGUCCUGGUCGUGAUGGCGAAAUUUGUGUCCAAGGACCAACAGUCAUGAAAGGAUAUCUCAACAAUCCAGAGGCAACUACACAGACAAUUGAUAAUGAUGGCUGGCUUCACACAGGAGACAUUGGACAUUAUGACGAGGAUGAACAUUUUUUUAUUGUUGACAGAGUUAAGGAGUUAAUAAAAUACAAAGGAUAUCAGGUCCCCCCGGCUGAACUUGAAGCCCUCCUUAUUUCACAUCCUGCCAUAGAGGAUGCAGCAGUCAUUGGAGUUCCGGAUGCAGAGGAAGGCGAGCUGCCAAUGGCCUUUGUGGUGCGUAAAGCUGAUGUCACACUCACUGAAAAGGAUGUCCAUGUAUAUGUUGAUGAAAAUGUAGCAGCUUACAAAAAACUGAGAGGCGGCGUGGAGUUUAUAGAUGAGAUUCCAAAGUCAUUGAGCGGCAAAAUUCUUCGUCGAGAACUGAAAGACAGACUGAAAAAACUGUCCAAAGUCGAGAGCUCUUCGGAGAACCAGUAAAAUGAAAUGAAGCACGUAAUUCUCUUCAAGUACGCAGACAUUUUAAUCCCAGAAGAUGUGUCCUGGCCUCAGUUCAUUUACCAGAAUUUUGAUAAGUUUGGCGAAAAAACUGCGCUUGUGGAUGCUCUGUCUGGGCGUUCCUACAGCUACAAACAACUUAAAAACUUGACGCAAAGAUUUAGUUCAGCAUUGGCCAAACGUGGCUUCAAGAAAGGAGACGUCCUGGCCAUGUUCCUCCCAAACGUUAUCGAAUAUCCCAUAAUUUUCUACGGCACUGCUUUUCUGGGUGGCACAGUCUCGACUGUCAAUCCUUUAUACUCAUCCCAGGAAUUAGCGCGCCAGCUACGAGUAUCAGAAGCAAAAUACAUUGUUACCAUUCCCCCACUGGCGGAAAAGGCCAAAGACGCUGCCGCAUUGGAAGGAAUUCGUUCUGUAAUUGUUGUCGGUGAGGCGCCAGGAUGCGAGCCGUUGUCGUCCUUUUUCGCUGACGAUGGAACAGCUUUUCCGGAGUUUGUGUCUAUCAAUCCAAAGAAGGAUAUCGUUGCACUGCCAUUUUCGAGUGGAACGACAGGAUUGUCCAAAGGUGUCAUGAUAACACAUCACAAUCUUGUAGCUGGGCUGUCCGUUCUAUUUUCGUGUGAUGUCUUCCCCGCGGAUUCGGCUGUCUUAACUUUACUCCCAUUCUAUCAUAUCUACGCCCUGCUUUGCAUGAUGGGAGGAUGUUUACAACUUGGAUGUAAGGUUGUGGUCAUGAUGCGCUUUGAACCUGACUCAUUCCUGAAAGUUAUGCAAGAUUACAAGAUAACAGACGCCCCACUUGUUCCACCGCUCAUUCUGUUUUUGGCUAAGCAUCCGCUGGUGGAUAAGUUCGACUUGUCAAGCUUGGAGCGUGUGAACUCAGGGGCCGCGCCUCUUGGCAAGGAGCUGGAGACAGCCAUGUUAAAACGGCUUACUCAAGUAAAGAGAAUAAGACAAGGGUACGGUAUGACAGAACUCUGUGGAGCAUCCCAUUGCACUCCAGCUGAAGGUAAAACCAAAUUUGGAUCCGUCGGGCUACUACUGCCAAACCUGCAAUGUAAGGUCAUCAGUCCUGAAACUGGAGAGAUUCUCGGUCCAAACCAGGAUGGAGAAAUCUGUGUGAAGGGUCCCUUGGUUAUGAUGGGAUAUACAAAAAACCCAGAGGCCACUGCAAAGACAAUUGACAGUGAUGGCUGGCUUCACACAGGAGAUAUUGGACAUUAUGAUGAGGAUGAACACUUCUUUAUCGUCGAUAGAAUAAAGGAACUUAUAAAAUACAAGGGAUUUCAGGUUCCGCCGGCCGAACUUGAAGCUUUAUUGAUUUCCCAUCCAAACGUUGACGACGUGGCUGUCAUCGGCGUCCCCGAUCUCGAAGCCGGAGAGCUCCCGAAGGCUUUCGUGGUUCGUCGUGGUUCUGUGACGUCAGAGGAGAUAAUGGAAUUUGUGGCUAAAAGAGUGAUACCACAGAAAAAGCUCAGGGGUGGUGUGGAGUUUAUUGAUCAGAUACCAAAAUCACCUAGUGGAAAGAUACUACGUCGGGUGCUAAGAAAUCGCGAGACAGAACGGCUCAACACAGCAAAGUUAUGAAAGGUUUAACCUUAAAUCUCUUCACACGUGAUAUUUCGUCCAACUGGAAGAAGCUGCUUUGAAUCGUAACUGACGUCACGACGACGUAGUCCUAUAGCAACCUCGUUCCCAGGGUCCUCUCUUUUCCUCCCUGAGGGGAGAAGACCCUGGUAACAAUGUUGGCCAUAUGGAUGUGGAUACUUUUUAGUGUCUCAGAUUGGCUGUUGUUUAGUUAAGUUUUUGAUAUGAUUUUUAUAGAAGUUGCUGGCACCAUAGGAAAAAUUCAGCCAUUCCUAACAGCAAAAAUGCUGGUAUUUGAAAUAAACAAACUGAAAGCCA